AUGAGCGCACUCAAGAUCCUCGUCACCGGGCCUGCUCCGUCCCUCGCGGCCUACGUCCACAAGCUCGCCGCCCUCCAGUCCAAGCACUCGUUCGACCUCGUCCUCGCCCUCGACCUCUUCUCCAACAACGACGCCGACCAGGCCGACCUCGACAAGCUCCUCAACGGCGACAUCAAGGUCCCCGUCCAGGUCUACGCCGCCCAGGGCAAAGGCGUCCUCCCCAAGCGCGUCCAGGACCGUGUCGACCGCGGCGAGGAGCUCACCACAAACCUCAGCGUCCUGCCCAAAGCCGGCCUCCUCACCCUCGCGUCGGGCCUCCGCAUCGCGACCGUCGCCGGCACCUCGCCCUCGAACCCGGACGAGCCGACCGCCUUCACCAAAGCCGACAUCUCGAACCUCAUCUCGUCCCUCACCCCGACGUCGCCCAACCCGUCCUUGCCCCCUCCCCCGGCCAAGCCCGUCGACAUCCUCCUCACCCACCUGUGCCCCUCGUCCCUCCCGCUCCUCUCGUCCAAGCCCCUCGUCCCGACCCAACCCGUCACCACCGACGACGCCCCGACCGACGACGCCGCGCCGCUCCCGCGCAAGCCCGAGGACUCGUUCGCCGCCGAGCUCGACGACGUGGCGCGCGCCGCGCGCGCCAAGUACCACUUUGUCGCCGCGCCGGGCGCCUUCUGGGAGCGCGAGCCGUUCGAGUGGCCGAGGGUCGAGGGUGCGGGCGCGGCGGGCGAGAGGAGCUUCUGCAGGGCGUUGAGCCUCGGCGCCAUGGGCAACAAGACCAAGGACCGGUGGUUCUACGCCUUCUCGAUCACGCCCUCGUCGUCCCCCUCGGCGCCCGCCACCUCGACGCCCUCGCCGUUCCACCCUCGCGCCGCCGCCUCGACGGCCAAGGUCGCCGCGACCGUCAACGGCUCGGACGGGCCUCGAGGGCUCAAGCGCCCGGCCAUGGACGUUUCGGCCGACGACGUCAACGAGAUGGGCGUGCCCAACUACAUUUUCGCCGGCGUCGGCGGUGCGGGAGGAGCGGGGCAGGGCAGGGAGAAGAAAGGCAAGGGAGGACCGCCACCCGACCACUACACGUGCAACAUCUGCGGCAACAAGGGUCACUGGAUCCAGGAGUGCCCCGAACGCGAGGCGCGCGACGCAGAGCGGGCGGCGCAGCGCGGGCAGGGGACGAGCCGGGGCCCGCAGAAGCCCAUCAGCCCCGACGAGUGCUGGUUCUGCCUGUCCAACCCCAAGGUGACCAAGCACCUCAUCGCGAGCAUCGGCUCCGAGACGUACGUCACGUUGCCCAAGGGCCAGCUGUGCUCGACCGACUCGAGCCCCGUGCCCGGCGGCGGCCACGUCCUCAUCAUCCCCAUCGCCCACUACCCGACCCUGCGCUCGAUCCCGGCCGACCUCGCCGCGCCCGUCCACGAGGAGGUCGAGCUGUACAAGGAGGCGCUUCGCAAGUGCUACAAGACGUUUGGCGCCGACAUGGUCGCGUUCGAGGUGGCGAGGAGCUCGGGCAAGGGCGGCCACGCGCACGUCCAGGUCUGCCCGAUCCCGUCGUCGCUCGCGCCCGAAGCCGAGUCGACCUUCCUCGCCCAGGGCGCCAAGUUUGCGUACGACUUUGUCGAGGUCGCCGACCCGUCCACGUUCCACGGGCGCGCCCACGAGGACGGCAAAGGGUCCGAGUACUUCAAGGUCGACCUCCCCGGCGGCAAGAGCCUCGUGCACUGGAUCGACCCGGCAAAGGGAGGCUUCUCGCUCCAGUUUGGCCGCGAGACGCUCGCGCUCCUCCUUCACGCGCCCGACCGCGCCGACUGGAAGCAGUGCGCCAAGCCCGACGCCGACGAGAAGAAGGACGCGCAGCAGUUCAAGGCCGCGUUCAAGAGCUUUGACCCGAGCACGUAGCGUCGCGAGCGAGCGACCGAGCGAGCGGCCGAGGUGGAAUUGACGAGGCGAGUCCUGGAG